UUAUCAAUAAAACUGUUAACUUCAAUCCACUUUACCACAGUUAAGAAAGUUGCUCUUGCUCAUAUUGGCUGCAGACAUAGACAAAAAAAAAAACCAAACAUUUUUAACAUGCAAAGCACAAGCUGAGAAAAAGUUACAUUUGACUGUCUACAUGUUUUUGUCUGGUAGAGAACACAGCUCAAAAUUAGGUCUUAAAGUGUACAAUUUGUGAAGAUUAAAACUCUUAGUCACCUCCCUGCUCUUGACACUUCCUGCAGUAAGUAUUGGUACACUUCCUCUUUACAUGCAAAAACCCCUAUUUCAAUAUGAGAAAGGAGACCAUUUUAAAAGCUGCUUGACUUGCAACACCCGUUCAGACUUAGUCUUCAAACAAAAAUGUUAACUUGACAGAUGAAGCCAUCUUACUGAAAGACAGUGUUGCACAGGUGACAGCAUACCAUCGUAAUCACCAAGAGGAAAGUGGACCCCAAUCUCAUAACCCCAGUUUUCUUCUAUGGACAAUUUUGAAGACCACUUUCUACAGAGACAGACACACCACCAACUGGUUUAAUUAAACCAGGAAAUGUAUCCGUCAGUCCUGAAAGUCAAAUAGGAAACAUCUCCCAUAUAUUCAUACCAAUCAGGCAAACUUGACUUGUACAGUGCUGAAAGACCAGUCAGUAGCAUAAUGUCUCAGGACAAUGGAGGAGCGAUGGAACCCCGCAGUGAUAGUAGCUGGAUAGCUGCUGUGUUUAUUGGCAUAAUUUUGAUUGGUAUGAUGAUAGCUAUUGUUAUAAUUCUCUUAUGCAAGUGUGCCAAAAAGCCACCUCCAACUAAUCCAAACUGGGCUGGCCGCUCCCCAUUUGCCGACGGACAAACACCGGACGUCUUUGUGGAAUUGGACCAGGCCACAAAACGUGCAUCAGUUUUUUCUAUCUUGCCUUGGAAAUUUAACAAAACCACACACUUACCGAAUGAUUGUCAUGCAUCUGAACAGAGCUGUAAUGCAUCCAGCUGCAAUACAGCUACCCUGUCUCCCCCUCCUGUACAGGAUGGCUCCAGUUCACCAGCACACAGCAAUCCAGUUUCUCCUUCAAGUGAUAUAAAUGUGCCCCCACCUCCUGUUUCAGAAGAACAGAGCCCUUGCAACCCUCCACCCGACACAAUUCCUCCUCUACCAGAGUCACCUGAUAUGCCACUGCCACCAGACUGGAUCCAGGAAUUUCCUGAGAUUCAUUCCUCUGAGAUCAGCAAUGCCACAGAGAAUAAACUGGAGACAGAGAACCCAUUUCCCCCACCUCCUGAUUUGACACAUCAAGAUGAAAAUGAACCACUACCGCCACCUUUGCCUGAAGAACCUUUACAAAUUGCCGAGCUUGCUGUUGAACACACUUCACACUUACCUUAAAAGUAACGUUUUGAAGCCAACAAAUACGAGAAGUUGGUGGGAGCAAGGAUUGUAAAGCCACAGCUGCAUUAAACUAGCAUUUCACAAGUGGGAACCUGAAGUGAUUUGGCUUGAGGCUAAUCACUUCGAUACAUGGUGCAGAUAACAGCAACUAUGCAAAGCCUUUUUCUAUGUGUUUAAAGCUACAAACCAAAAAAUAUUAUAUGUAACUUUCAAAGCGCAAUAAGUAAAGCUUUUUAGGAAGGUACAGUUUACUAGGCUGUAUAACUAAAUCUAACAAAUGCACCUUAGCAGCACAUUUUUCUUAUAUUCUUGUUAACUUUCAAUAAAAGGGCAUUAAUACGAAGUUGUCUUGGUGACUUGUAUUCUUAAAAUACAACUGAAUUUACUGGAUAAGGCCAGAUUAAAAACCAAAUCCCAAUGUUUAGACAGACCAGGAACUAUAUGCUAUCCAUGAGUGGCUAGGUCCAUUUAUAGUAAAUGAGUUGUUACUUCUACGUCACAAGCAAGUUAUGCAUUUUACAGUCAGUCGUCAUAGCAUCCCCUUCCGAUUUUUCUUUUUUGAGAAAUGAUCUAGAAUCUGAACAAGUCUCUCUCAAUCUUGGACUUUCUGCAGCAUUGAGAACUUAGGUUUUCACAUCCAGCUGAAAGAGAAACUACUGUUAAGAACCCUUCUUUCUGGCAGAAGUGUAAAAUAGAUCGACUUUGUUUCGAAGGAUUGUUUAUAAAAAAGGCAACAAUACUUUAUAUUUGCAUCUUAGCAGACAAGAAAGUUAGCUGGCUGUAGGUCUCUCUAAAAAGUUAAGGCCAAUGUUGAUAAUAUCUCCCUGUGAUAUGAGCUUAUUGCAGUGUCUGUGCUCAUCGAGACAUCUUUAUAAAUAUUAGUUCAACAGAACUUGAUUUAAACUCUAUUUGAACUUGAGAGAGCAAGACAUCCUGUAAAGAGCUAUUCCUCCAGCUAUGUGUUUCUGAACAGUAUAAAGGCGUGGCAAAGUGUGCAGGGGUGUUGUCAGCACAAGAAUAUAAAGUACAUCGGGGUAUAAUUAUGAGCGAUAUGCAAUGUGGUAAAAGAGAGGAAGAAAAGAGCCCAUGGAAGUCUCUUACUGGUAUGGAACAAUAAAAUGGAAGAAUUAGACUUGAGAUCGAUUUUUAAGUAAGAGCCACAACCACAAAAGUCACUAACCACAAGUUCUCAAAGAAAUACAGUGAAAAUGCAGUACGAUUACAGGCACUCAAAUCACACAGUCUAAAUCUGAAUGAAUUAUAGUUUUGCCUGUAAGGAUUAGGAUUGGGUCUGGACUUUGCAGAGCAAUUUAAAGGCAGGCUUUGAAGACAAGACAAACUUUUGAGUCAAAACACGCAGCCUUAAUGAAAAAGAUACAAUUUACCUUUACAAAAGUAAAAUUAAUACAAAUCAGGGAUGCAAUUCUCAUGUACAGUAUGCUUAGACAAAGAAUUCAGUAAUGUAUUUGCAAAACUGCAAUCUUUGGAUGAAAUAAUGAUUUUUGCAAAGAUGAACUCACUGGACUUUUAUAACGGAUCACGUUAAUAAGCACUCUGCACUGCAUACUAUGCAGCACACUGUCUGCGACAACAGAAUUCACUUACAUUUGUGAAUGAGCAUGUUGAAAAUGUAACAGCUUUUACAUCUACAUUUUGUUUGCCACAAGGAAGGACAUAUACAAAUGAGUAUUUAUGAAUUGUGAAAAUCUGGCUGAAGAAAAAUCUUUACAAAUGUUUAGAUGUCCUAAUAUCACGUUACUCGCAUCUAAUCAUGCUAUCAACUACCAGAAUUAAAGGGAUACCACCAAAUAUUACUAAGUGAUUGGUUAGAUACAUUUGUCAGUCUCAGAUAACCUGCAAAAAAAAAAACCCC